CACAUUUUAAGGUUGGUGUAACAUCACUCUCAACUCUUUUUUCCUGAGCUACUUUGUCUUCAUAAAAGUGAAUUAAUAGGGGAUAUUGCUACUUUAACAAAGAUCGUUUGUUAGAUCUGAGGGAGUUGUGGGAUUGUAAGAUUCAGAUUUGUGUAGUAAGGACAGAAGGCAUACGGCCUAUGUUAUUCCUUUUCUAGUAUGCUUCUGUGAGUCUUCAGUCUUCAGUAAUAAGGAUAUGAAGGUCCAGCUUUUCCUUGAAAGUAUUCACUGAUGGGGCUGAUACCACUUGUUCGGAUGAAUUUAUUUAAACCGCUGAUUAUAAAACCAAACGUCAGUGGUUUGAUCAACAGUUUGUGUAGUAAAAUGCGGUUACUCUCCAUCCCACCAUUAAUACCGUCGGAGAUACUAUACCAGCGUGAAAUAACACCUGCUAAGACACCAGCUCAUCAUAAUAAUUCAGAAAUCGAAAAGCUGUUAAAAAGCGAACUAUGUGAUUACCCCGCAUAUUCCUCACGGAAAAUUCGUCAUGGAUUUCAAGAUGCUAUCAUGAUUCGUGAUUACAAGCGCAGACAAGUUUCUGCUCAUUUCUGUAACUUACGCAUCAGACUAAACGCUAUCAGAAAAAACACGAUUUUACCCCAGGAAAUCAAGGAUUUAGCAACGUCAUAUAUUUCAUCAUUACCACGUGAUAGCAACUGGACGCGCAUUUUAAGCAGAUGUAUCGUUACUUCGAGGAGACGAGGGUGUAAAACACGUUGGAAAGUUUCACGUAUUGUAUGGAGAAAAUAUGCAGACUAUAACAGAAUGUCUGGAGUACUUUGGGCUCGCUGGGGAUCAAAUACUCGAAGUGUACGGAGACAUAUGUUAUGGCCGCCUCCUAGAGAAACCCCUGUCUCUGAAUAUAUACGUCGAUAUUACAAAAAUUUGGCUGAUGUAUAA